UCCCGGAGCCCGGCCUGAUCCCUUUCCCCUUUUUCGGAAAGGGAGGGAAAAAGCCUUCUGCCUUUUGCAAAGGAGAGGCAUUUUUGCAAAUAAAUAAAUAAAUUAAAUAAAUAAAUAAAUGAAGACGAGGCUGCCAGGCUGGCAUUAAAGCGCGGAGCCGACGAAGCAGCUGGAUUUCUUUUUCCUUUUUCCUUUUUUUUUUUUUUUUUUGGUUUUUUUCCUCCACUUCUUCCACCCGGGCCUCGCUUCGAAGCCUGUGUGUGUGCAUGCAUGCAUUGCAUUGCAUUGCAUGCAUGCAUUGCAUUGCAUUAAAUUGCAUUGCAUGCAUGCAUAGCGAUCCACGCGUGCUUGGUGGGCAAGCACUUGAACCUUGCUUGGCUUGCCCUCGAAAGGCUGGCUAAGAAUGGAGCGAUCCUGCAAGCGAAACCCCGGCGGCCAAGGACCCGCGUGAAUGAAUAAUAUUCCGGCAUGCCUCUUCUUCGCGAGCAGCACCAGCAGCAGCCCACACCCUCCUCUCUGGCUAAUCUCCGGGCAGCCUGGCUCUGCCCCAGCGCCACUCGUCGCUUCUCGGGCGCUGGAGGAAAAGCGCAGGAAUUCCUGGCCCUGCGCUUCCCCGAGGAGGAGGAGGAGGUGGAGGUGGAGAUGGGCACGGAGCUCUUUUCCCCGCGGCGGGCGCCUCCUUGUCGGCUUGCAGUUUUAAUUCCUCAAUGAAACUGCUCUGGUUGGACGCUUCUGCCUAGAAGAGAAACGGUGGCCAAACCUUGCCAAGGCAUGCCAGAGUUAUAAUUCCACCCGAGGCAGAACAGCCUGCCCCUCGGUACCAGGGCGGGCAUCCAGCUGUGUUUCUAAGAACUGACAGCCUGCAAUGGCCGGCCCCAGCAUCUGGAACAGCCUCAAGUCGGUCCUGAGGAAGAACAAUGAUUCCUUGUUUCUGAACGACUGCAGUGCCUUUGAUUUUUCGGACGAGAUUGGGGAGGAAGACUUUCCCCGAUUCAAGAAACUUCAAGUGGUGGUUUCGGAGGAUGCAGCCGACACUUCUGCCAACGGGGCCUAUGUGGGACCUCACUCCGAUGAUGAGUCCUUGCUGGACAGGGACAUAGCGCUGCGAAAUGCGGCGGUGGUUGGACCCCCUACGGACCCUUGCAACAAUUGUACCCAGCGAAGGGAACUGUCAAAGCAGAAGAAGGUGAAGAGGCGUCUAGCUUUAGCUGCAAUUCUGUACCUUCUCUUUAUGACCGGCGAGCUUGUAGGUGGAUAUGUUGCCAACAGCCUAGCUGUGAUGACGGAUGCACUUCACAUGUUGACAGAUCUCAGCAGCAUUAUUUUGACUCUUCUCGCUUUGUGGCUCUCUGGAAAAGCACCCACAAAAAGAUUCACCUUUGGAUUCCAUCGAUUAGAGGUUUUGUCCGCCAUCUUCAGUGUACUCUUGAUUUACAUCCUGAUGGUUUUCCUCUUAUACGAGGCUGUUCAGCGAACGAUCCACAUGGACUAUGAGAUUAAUGGAGAUGUAAUGCUUAUCACUGCAGCUGUGGGAGUCGCAGUAAACCUCAUAAUGGGAUUUCUGCUGAGCCAGUCUGGUCACCUCCACUCCCAUUCGCACGCACCUUCAUCAGUUCCUCCAUCCGGCUCUUCCGUUACAGCCCCUGGGCACUCUCACAGCCAUGGCAGCUUAGCCGUGAGAGCUGCCUUCAUCCACGCCCUGGGAGACUUGGUCCAAAGUAUUGGCGUGCUUGUUGCUGCGUACAUCAUUCGAUUUAAGCCAGAAUACAAGAUUGCUGAUCCUAUAUGUACCUACGUAUUUUCAGUUCUUGUGGCUUUUACAACCUUUCGGAUCAUACGGGACACCGGAAUAAUUGUACUUGAAGGAGUUCCAAGACAUUUAAAUGUGGACCUUAUUAAAGAAGAGUUGAUGAAAAUCGAAGACGUAUUUUCAGUGGAAAACCUGUAUGUCUGGUCUCUAACGUCAGGAAAAACAAUUGCCAUUGUCCACCUACAAUUAGUUCCUGGCAGCUCACCCAAGUGGGAGGAGGUCCAAUCCAAGGCCAGACAAUUGCUGAUGACUACCUUUGGCGUCUAUCAGUGCUCCAUCCAGCUCCAAAGCUACAGGCGUGAGGCGAACAAGCCCUGUGCGAAUUGUCAGAGUGCCUAAUUUUUUUCCAACCUUCGGGAAGACUUCGCUGCCUUAUCCUUUUUAAUCUUGCAGCCAAAGGGCCACAAAGCAAUAAGCGUUAAGAUAGAAGCAGAACGGAGUGAUUUGACCUCCGACCUGUAACAUCUGCAUUAAGUGCAGUAUCGGCGCGUUGGAGCUGUCGGGGGUCAGCUUCGCCACGGCUCUUUUCACGAAGACAAACUUCUGAUUCUUUCUAUCACCGUUCAUUUCUGCUCGGGUUUUUCUCGCCGAUAUAUUUCCAAGAAGUUGUUUACACGUCCCUCGAUGGUUGGGCAGGUUCCUCGCUGAGCGCAGCUUCCACAUUGCCGUUUUCUUAACUGUCCUGACUUGACUCUCUGGAGGAGCAUCAGGAAAUUUAUCUACUUGAGUUUUCAACAGAAUUUAAAAAGAAAAAAAGAAAAAAAAAACCACAAUCAUGUUCAAAAUUUGUAAAGUUAAUGACCCCUGAAUUGGUUACCUUAAGUAUUUCCUCCUCCCGUUCCCCUUUUCCAGGUUUUUAAUUCCUUAUCUUAAAAAAAAAAAAAUGCUGCAGGGAUAACAGAACUUUUUUUAAAAAAAUAAGUUGUCUCUUAAUACAAACUUGAAUUAGUAUUGGCUUUUACGUGUAACCAGUUUUUGGACAUUUAGCUUUAAGUAGUACUUUCCGUGGUAGGAGGAUUUUAUCCAGGAUGAAUCACCACUUGUUUAACUGAAGACUUUGGGGCAGGACCCACUUGUGUUUGAAAAAAAAAAAAAAAUUGAUCGACUUUCAUAUGCUUUGAUAUAGGUCCUGUAUUGUAGAAGUGUAUUAUUUAAUUUCUUCGAGUCUGAGGUGACUGAUUUUGAAAGCUUUCCUACCGGUCGUCCUGAGUAUCUCAAGUAACGUGUCGCCUGCUUCAACAGGCUAUUUGAUUAACCUGAAUCUUAAUUCUACUAAAUAAAUGUGUUGUAGAAACUUC